UGUGCGUUCAAACCAAUCUGACAAUUUUUUUUUGCCCCGCUUUAAUUUUCCGCCUUUUUUACCGAUCUAUUUCUUUUUUGUUAAUAUACACUUUUUUUUUUUUAAUCUGAGAAUUUGAAGCACGACAUUUACGAAGAAGUAAUAAUGAAACUAACAGCCAGUAUUACAGUUGUGUCAUGCUCGCGCCGUGUGAACUGUUAAUCUCUCGAGCGCUUUCUGUUGAAUGAGCAGCAGCAUCUCAUGCGCUUUGUUCGGUGAUUUGAGGGAUGAUACAUACAGCUCCUGGAGAAACCGGCGGAUACAUUCUGAAAGCGAAAAUACAUCCAUAAGCACUGGAGAUAUUGCUCGUAAACCGUGAUCAUGGUGAACUGUCGCUUGCUCGUGUUAACUGUAUUUAUCUGCAGUCUCACACACGCUGCUAAACUCAAUAUCCCGAAAGUUUUAUUACCUCUGGCUAGAAGCACAAAAAUCAAUUUUACGCUGGAAGCGUCUGAAGGGUGUUAUCGAUGGUCAUCGAACCGGCCGGAAGUGGCCAGUAUAGAGGCAGUAGAUGUGGAUGAGCAUCAGUGUUCUCAGAGGGCCGUCCUGCAGGCACGCUCCACUCAGCCUGCCAGACUCACUAGCAUCAUACUCGCUGAGGACAUCUUGACUGGGCAGGUGCUGCGCUGUGAUGCUAUAGUUGAUGUGAUCAGUGAGAUCCAAAUCGUCUCCACCACACGAGAGCUUCACCUGGAGGAUUCUCCACUGGAGCUCAAGAUAAAUGCGUUGGACUCAGAGGGAAACACGUUCAGUACUCUAGCCAAUCUGUUAUUUGAAUGGACUAUUGUGAAGGAUACUGAAAUGGCAGAAUUCCCUGAUUACUACAACUCGUUACGGGUUUUGAGAUUUGCGGAGUCAGCGUACACUCCUCCAGCUUACAUCUCUGAGAUGGAGCGAGUGGGACAUCAGGGAGACAUUAUCCUGGUUUCAGGAAUCAAAACCGGCCACGCCAAACUCAAAGCCAAAAUACAAGAAGCUCUCUAUAAGGAUGUCGGUGCUGCAGAGGUCAGGUUACUGAUUCUUGAAAACAUCCUCUUGAGUCCUGCAUAUGAUGUUUAUCUGCUCGCUGGAACCUCAAUCAAAUACAAAGUGCAGAAAAUCCGUCAAGGAAAAAUCACAGGGCUGUCCAUGCCGUGUGAUCAGUAUGAGCUUCACCUGCAAAACAGUGUUGUCUCUCCUGAUGGAAACCCACAUGUUCCUGUGGCAAACUUGGAUCAGAGCAGCUCAACUGUGUUUGCAGUUCAACACGGACACACCAACAUCCUGCUUGACCACAAGAGUCUCGGGAUGCAGGGAGUUUCUCGUCUGCCCAACAGCACUAUAUAUGUGGUGGAGCCUGGAUUUUUGGCAUUUAAGAUUCAUCCUGAGGAUCGCUGGGUUCUUGAGACGGGGAGAACAUAUGAGAUCUUCAUUGAAGUGUUUGAUAAAUCAGGUCACAAGAUUCAUCUGUCUGAUAAUAUUCGUAUAGAAACAACAUUCCCUGUGGAGUACUUUGAGCUUCUGGAAUCUUCUCUCAAUGGAUCACACCAUCAUGUGAAAGCUUUGAAAAAUGGUCAAACCAUCAUUGAUGCCACACUCAGAGCUGUUGUUGACCAAGUAGGAUUACAGUUUUUCCCAUUGCAGACAGGAAGUGUCCAUGCCCUCUCUGUUCCUGUGAGUAAUGAGCAGGACGUGGAGAUCUACAACCCCAUAAUCCUCACACCCGCCAUCCUCACAUUCCCAUGGCAACCUAAAGAGGGAGCUUACCAGUACACAAUCAAGGCGACUGGUGGAAGUGGAAACUUCAGCUGGUCAUCCACUAACUCUGCAGUCGCCACGGUUACAGUGAAAGGGGUUAUGACCACAGUCAGUGAUGUUGGAGUCAGUGUGAUCUACGCUCAUGACAUGAGAAACCCACUACACUUCGGAGACAUGAAGGUGUAUGUGAUCGAGCCGGUGGGGAUGGAGUUCAGUCUGUGCACUGUGGAGGCUCGUGUUGGAUUGAAUCUGGAUCUGCCGCUGCAGAUCUUCGGUCAACUGAGUGAAGAGAGAGUGACGCUCAGUGACUGUUCACACUUUCACAUGCAGGUGGACAUGGAGAGCCACGGUGUCUUUCAACUGCUGGAUGGUCGACUCGCUCCUGGUCAGGGUCACUGCAGCGGGGUUCGAGUGAAGGCCUUGACACCCGGUUACACCCACCUGCUGGUUAGCUACACCUACAGCAACGUUCACCUCAGCGCAAAGAUCACUAUUGCUGCCUACCCUCCUCUAAAGCCGAUUGACCCAGUGUCUGUUGCCGUGGUGACGCUGGGCUCCUCCAAAGACAUGACCUUUGAAGGUGGCCCCAGACCGUGGGUCCUAGAACCAUCCAAGUUUUUCAGGAACCUGACAGCUGAAGACCACACCAGUGUUGCACUGUCACUGUAUGGACCUGCCUCUCGAGCAUACUCCACACAUCUGCUCAGAGCCACAUGUCGAGCUCUGGGAGAACAGGUGUUAGCAGUGACCGUCGGAAACCAGCCCACCGUGACAAACCCGUUCCCUGCAGUAGAACCAGCAGUGGUGAAGUUUGUGUGUGCACCUCCAUCACGUCUCAUGUUGACCCCUGUCUACACAAACCCACGGCUGGAUGUGUCCUGCCCACUGCUGCAGCACAACAAACAAGUGGUGCCGGUUUCUAAUUAUCACAACCCAGAGCUGGACGUGACGGCAUUUGAUCAGCAGGGCAGGAGGUUUGAUAACUUCAGCUCUUUGAGCAUCAUCUGGGAAUCAUCUAAAGUGCCGCUGGCGAGUAUUGAGCCGACCAUGCCCAUGCAGUUACACUUAGACGAGGGUGACAACAAACAGAUGAAAUUGCACGGUCGUCAGACAGUUCUUGUGCAUCAUGAAUCAGGCGUUGCAGCAAUCACAGUGACGGCAGUGGGCUAUCAAACAUCCCACCUGCAGGCAGCAGUGGUUUCCAGCGGGUUUGAUCCAAUGACUGCCAUUUCCUCCACACUGGAGCUGCUGCUUGUGGAGGAUGUGCGAGUAACCCCUGACACCAUCACCUUGUACAACCACCCUGAUGUGACGGCUGAUCUGAAUCUGCGAGAGGGUUCCGGUUAUUUCUAUGUCAACACAAGUGUUGCUGGAAUCGCUGAUGUUUCGUUCCAAGAGUCUCAGGGAAUUGCUCAGGUGAUCCCAGUACAGGCGGGGGUCUUGCAGGUGAUGGUUCAUGACCUCUGCUUGACCUUUCCAUCCCCCACUAUGGCUACAGUCCACAUCUCUGAUAUUCUGGAGAUUUAUGUGCGGGUGGUUGACAAGGUGGAGAUUGGCAAGUCAGUGAAGGCGUACGUUCGAGUUUUGGAUGGCAAUAAGAAGCCUUUCCUGUCCAAAUAUUUCUCUGUGAUGAACCUCAAGCUGAGGGCAGCUUCAUCCAUCAUCUCUCUGCAAGCUCUGUCAGAUUUAUCAGAGGAGGAUACGGGCACGUUCCUGGUGAAAGGGCUGGUGAUCGGUCAGACCAGUGUGUCUGCUGUGGUCAUAGACAAAAACGGCCGGAAAAUCACCUCUGCACCACAACAAGUUGAAGUAUUUCCCCCCUUCAGACUGCUGCCCAGGAAAGUCACUCUAAUUAUUGGGGCAAUGAUGCAGAUCACAUCAGAAGGAGGACCACAGCCACAGUCCAACAUCCUCUUCUCUCUGUCGGAUGAGAACAUCGCCUCCGUCAACAGUCUGGGACACGUUCAGGGCCUGUCUGUGGGCAACAUGACAGUGGCCGGUGUGGUUCAGGCGGUCGACACAGAAACGGGCAAACUGGUGGUGGUGUCGCAGGAUCGGGUGGAUGUUGAGGUGGUCCAGCUGAAGGCCAUCAGAAUCAAAGCCCCCAUCACCAGAAUCAAGACCGGAACACUGAUGCCGGUGUAUGUGAUGGGACUGACCAGCAGUCAAACACCCUUCUCUUUUGGGAAUGCUGUACCUGGUCUGACCUUCCACUGGUCUGUGACGAAGAGAGACACACUGGACGUCAACACACGGCAUGCAGAGGCAUCAGUGCAGCUCAGCGCUGAGCACAACUUUGCCAUGAGUGUAUUUGGCAGGAGUAAAGGACGCACUGGACUGAAGGUGGUCCUGAAGAGCAGCAUCCCUCUCGCUGGACAUCUGCAGGACAACACACUGGAACUACAUGAUGAGAUACAGAUACAGGUUUAUGAGAAACUGCAGCUGCUGAACCCAGAAGUUCCAGUCGAAGAGAUGCUGAUGUCACCAAACUCGCUGCUGAAACUACAAACCAACAGAGAUGAUGUGGGCUAUCUGUCGUAUCAUGUGCUGGACUGUCCAGACAGAGCUGCGGUCAUUCAGGUGGAUGAAAAAGGUCAUGUGACCUCUGGAUCAAUGACAGGAUCCGCAUCACUGCAGAUCAGCUCACAGGAAUCCUUCGGCGUCAAUCAAACCAUCAUUAUCGCUGUCAAGGUGGUGACUGUGUCAUAUCUGCGUCUGAGCACGAGUCCAGUGCUGUACACCACUAACAGAGACACUGCGUCUGCCAUACCGCUGGGAGCCGUGCUAACAUUCAAUGUUCAUUUCCAUGAUAACACCGGAGCAAUGUUACACAGCCACAACUCACUGCUCACCUUCUCCAUUAACAGGGAUGAUUUGGUGCAGGUUGGUAAGGGUUCGAGUAACCACACACUGACCGUACGGACGGUGAAUGUGGGUUUGACUCUGCUGGCGGUUUGGGACUCGGAGCAGUCCGGACUCGCCGAUUACCUCGCCCUGCCUGUUCAACACGCCAUUCAUCCAGCUGAAGCCCAGAGACUGGUCGUGGGAGAUAUUGUGUGUUUCUCAGCACAGUUCGUCAAUCAGGACGGUGCGUCAGGUGUGUGGAGCUCGUCGUCCAGUGCUGUUCUGCAGGUGGAGUCCAGGACUGGUGCGGCUGUAGCCAGAGACACCGGUACGGUUACAGUGUACUACGAGAUACCAGGUGUACUCCGCACUUAUAGAGAGGUUUAUAUUGAAGGUGCAUCUCGGACGACUGUCAUGACACCCUCGGUGAAGAGAGACAGAGACACAAGAGUACUGAUGUCCACCAGGGACAGAGGAAGCAACCUCAUUGGCAGCUGCUCCUCCUCUCAGUCACACAGCAUCAGUCUGCUCCACCCAGAAUCCUCCAUCAGCUGCCAGCUUCACUUCACCAGCAGUGCUGUGGAUUUCUCCCCUCAUGACGUCUAUCACACGCACACAGAGUUUGACACCAGCACAGGUUUCUACAGCUGUGUGUUGAGUUUUAAAGGCAUGAGUGAUCAGCAGUUGAAGGUGUUGAGUAUGUCCAUGACGGAUGUGGAGGUGUCAGCUGCUGUACAGGGCAGUCACUUCACUGGACAACAGAUCCGUGUUCGGCUGCCGGUCAAUCCAGGAAUCUAUACGGAUCAGACUGAUAUCAUCCUGAGUAACCAGCACCCAUCCGCUGAGUUCACCGUAUAUGGGACUACAGCUGCUCUGCAACAACUAGAUGUGAAGAGCAGUUCUCCUGUGAUCCUGAUAAAUGAGAAGGAAGUUUCCCAGGACGUUCCCAGUUACAUCAGAUACACAGUUCGAUUGGUGAAGCCGGAGGGUGCCCUCUCUGCGACUGUGUCUAUAAGCAGUGCGUCCAGUGAUCAGGUGCUGCACAUACCUGUAUCUGUCAUGCGUGUAGCAGCCAUCAGCCCUUCUAUGCAAGCACAUAUGACAGAAGCAGUGGAUGGAGCCAAUUUGUUUCAGCAGUUUAUUGACUCGUAUCAAGUGAUGUUCUUCACUCUAUUUGCUCUAUUGGCUGCUACGGCUGUUGUCAUUAUUGUGUGCCAUGUCUUGUUUUCCCCGAGACCUGUCAAUCAUCCUGCAUUCAUACAGAAGACUCCGCCCCCCGCAGGUGUAGCUAAACUGUCUGAAAGCCCUUUUUACAGCAGUUUAUCUUCAGAAGUGAAGAGAAGCCCAAGAUUACACUUGUAUUCACCUGACUACAACUCCAGAUAAACCUGACGAUGUCGACACGGUGCCUUCCCAGUGAUUGGACGAGUAUAAAGACAUGUUUCAGUAGCUUUUCUUCAUGCUGCCAACACAUCUGAGCUGACUGUUAGGCUGCAUAUUGCUUUGUGCUUGUUUGAAUUGUUAUGUGUGGACUUUAGUUAGUCAAUAGCUUUUUUUUCUUUUUCAGUACAGUUUUCUUUGUUUGAGGCAUUCUAAUUUUGCAACAUUUGCGCUGUUAAACAUUUUAAUCUGAUUUGUUUUUGACGCUCAGGACAACCUUUAAAAUAAUGCGAGCUUGUGGUUUGGUAAAAUACGUAGCAUGUUAUGUUGUGAAAGUGCAACCACUGAGUCCGUCCAAAGUGCUCUUAAAAGGUCUUUAUGCAGGAACUAAUGGCCAGUCAUCUUAAUUUAUUAUUGAUUUUAAACAUGUUGAGAAACUUUCAAAGAGUUUGAAGAACUCUGAGUUGAUCUAGUGCAGCUUUUUCAGUUAUUGAUGUGAAACGAAUGUUAAAUGAGCUUAAGGGCUUUACUCAAAUGCUGUAGAAGAUGGAAAGGGAUUAUGAAAGACUGAUUGACUUAAGUUACUUGUUUGCUGCUCAAAUGAAGUACCAGUCAAACAAUACAUACAUUACACUGAUCCAUUUAUUACUGUGAGCUCUCAUUCCACAUUAUGUGACCGUUUUUGACGAAAUAAAUGCUUCCGUCUUAGUGACACAGACAUUUUUCUUCUAAUAUCUGCCUCAUUAAGAGCCAUAUAACAAUGCAGCACUGAACACAAUGAGGUAUUAUGAUUUGUCGUAAUGUUUGACUGUUUAAUCUGUGGAUGUAAACCAUUUCUGAGCCUUGGACAAUGUGAGUCUGCUCUGUCACGCUUACCUUCCUCAGUUAAAGUUAAUAAUAGCUUGUGAUCUAAGAACAGCCUUUAAUUACAUUAUGCUUU